AUGGAGCUUCUAAAUCCUUCACUUCCAACCAAACCUCUAAAUUUCUUUCCCACUUCCCUCUUCACUCCUAAAUUCUCUAUCAAAAUUUCCCACGGCAAAACCCCUUCCAAACCCCCCGAAAACCCCUCAAUUCCGUUCUAUUUAACUUUUUCUACCGCAAGAAGAACCUUUCAUGUUUCAGCUCAUUUUGGUCGAUCCACUCGUGGUCGCAGAAACUCACUAAGGAAAAAACUCAUUGAUGAUCAGCAGGUGCGUGAAAAGACUCCUACUUUUCAAAAUUCAGGCUAUGAUUUGGAAAAACCAGAAUUUAAUUUUGGUAAUACAAAUGAUUCUCUAGAGAAUUUAGAUCGUGUUAGUGUAAAAGAGUGUGAUUUGGGUAAUGAGUUUGAUGUUGAUGAAUCAGAGCGUUUAAUAGGAGGGAAACAAAAAGUGGAAAAAUUGGACGAUUCUGUUUUGUUGAGCAAGUUGGAGAUGUGGGUUGAUCAGUACAGUAAAGAUACUGCGUAUUGGGGUACUGGGUCUGCUCCCAUUUUUACUGUUUGUCGUGAUUUAGAAGGGAAUGUGAAGAGGGUUUUAGUUGACGAGGAUGAGAUUUCAAAGAGAAGCGGAGUUGAGAAGCGAGAAGUUGGGGAUUUGACAGGGGUGAAUUCGAAAAUUUUGUAUGCAAAAGGUUUAGCUAGGGAUAUGGAGAGAGGUGGAAAUGUGAUUCCUAGGAAUAGUUCUAUUGCUAAGUUUGUUGUUGAUGGGGUGGAGUCUCGGUUUUUUAACAGAAUUCAAGGUGUUGUUCAUCACCCGGAGUUUAUUCCUGUAGUCUCGAGAGUUGGGACGUUGGUGUUUUGUGGUUUUUUAGCUAUUUGGGCAGUUAAGAAGUUAUUUAGUUUCGGAAAUAAGGAGGAGCAAUACACGGAUUUGGAAAAGGAAAUGAUGAGGAGAAAGAUAAAGUCUAGAAAGGAGAGAGAGAUGUUGGAGAAGGGUAGAGUUGAAGUCGUUCCAGAACCUUUGGAGCCACCCAUGGAAAUGACGGGAAGGCCUAAGCUGGAUAAGCAAGAAUUGAUGAAAAAUAUAUUUAAAGCAAAGGCAAUCUCAAAAAAUGAAUUGCUUUUGGUGGAUUCUUCUACUUCUCAAACGACUAAUGCUAUGGAUUUUGAUCGUGAAAUUCAGACAAUUAGGGAAAUGGCAAAGCAAGUCCGGGGAAGUGAGAGAGAACUCAGUAAGGGUAGGAAAGAAAAGCAGCCUCCGAACGAGGAGCCAUUCAGUGAGAUGCAGAUGGUUGAAGAGCACAAAGAGGUUGAAAGUUUUCCAAGUGCAACUCAAAAUAAAUAUUCAGUAGAUAGAAGGGGUGUGGAUGUAAUUAGAGUGAAGAAAACUUUAAAUGGAACGGAAACUGGAUAUCGUCAUAAGAUAUCUGCUGAAGAGAAUAAUGUCAUGCAGGAAUCUAGCAUUUCAAGGAUAGAUUUUUCAGAUGACGGGGAAACAUUGGUCAGUGGAGAAAUUAUCCAUUCUUUUGAUGUUCCUGAUAGUGAUUCAUGCAUGUCAAAGAACAGGUCUACUAGACCAAAACCAAGGGUUAUACGGUCUGUCAAAGAAGCUAAGGAGUUUCUUGCCAACAAAGGUCUCAAACAUAUACAAGGACCACAAUUUAAUGCAGUGCAGGAAAGUACUACUGUGUUGAGCGUUCCUGAUGCUGAAGAAACCAGUGGGAAAACAAGUUACAGAGGGGAGGUGGAAGAAAGGGCGUCUGAAGCAAUCACUUUAGGCAGAAUAUCAGAGUCAGUGCCUGCUGCAAAUGCAUGUGAAGACCUUAAUCCAAAGGAGAAGGAAUUUGUUCCGACCAAGAAAGGCGAUUCCAAGGACCAACAGGGAGUGCAUGAUCUUCACAAGCCCAGCACUUACUUAAAUCACGACAUUAAAGGAAGCAGUAAAGAGAGAAGACAGUCUGUAAGGACAGAAAACUGGAUAGAGAAAAAUUUUCAUGAAGUUGAACCCAUAGUAAAGAAGAUUGGGGAGGGAUUUAGGGAAAACUACAAGGUUGCGAAAGAAAUAGUAGAUCAACACCCAAAUACAAGUAUUGAUAUAACACAGCUUGAGUAUAAUCAAAAUGUUCAUGAACUUGAAUGGAUGAAAGAUGAUGGCCUUAGAGAUAUUGUUUUUCGAGUCAGAGAAAAUGAGUUGGCAGGGCGAGAUCCAUUUAAUCUAAUGGAUGCUGAAGAAAAACUUAAAUUCUUCAAAGGUCUUGAGAAGAAAGUUGAGAAAGAGAAUGAAAAGUUGGCUCAAGUGCAUGAAUAUCUCCACUUAAACAUUGAAAAUCUUGAUUAUGGAGCAGAUGGUAUCAGCUUAUAUGAUCCCCCAGAAAAAUUCAUACCAAGAUGGAAAGGGCCACCGUUAGAGAAGAAUCCUGAGUUCCUUAACAACUUCCUCGAACAACGGAAUGCAAUUGUUGCUGCAAAUGCCGGUGAGUCGUACUCUGUGAAGAAAGAUGAAGGUAACAGUGUUGGCACUUCUCUGCCAGACUAUGCUUCAAAGAAGUUAAGUCGUAAGGAUCCAAAAAACUCAAAGGUAAUUAUAGAGGGAAGUGAUGGCUCUGUUAGAGCUGGUAAAAAAUCAGGUAAGGAAUAUUGGCAACACACGAAGAAAUGGUCUCGUGGGUUCUUGGAAUCUUAUAAUGCAGAGUCAGAUCCGGAAGUUAAAUCAACUAUGAAGGAUAUAGGGAAGGAUUUGGAUCGAUGGAUAACUGAAGAAGAAAUACAGGAAGCCGCUGAUCUUAUGACCAAAAUACCAGAAAGAAAUAAGAAGUUCAUGGAAAAGAAAAUCAACAAGCUAAAAAGAGAAAUGGAAUUGUUUGGACCACAAGCUGUAGUGAGCAAGUACAGUGAAUAUGCAGAAGAGAAGGAAGAAGAUUUUUUAUGGUGGUUAGAUCUUCCACAUGUACUGUGCAUUGAAUUAUACACAAUUGAAAAUGGGGAGCAGAAAAUAGGAUUUUAUUCAUUGGAGAUGGCUGCAGACCUUGAAUUGGAACCAAAACCAUGUCAUAUGAUUGCAUUUGAGGAUGCUGGUGAUUGCAAAAAUCUUUGUUGCAUUAUUCAGGCUCACAUGGAUAUGCUUGGAGCUGGCCAUGCCUUUGUGGUUCCAAGGCUACCCAAGGUUGAGGAUAUAUCAAGACUGCUGACUGCUAGAUGUCUGAUUUUGUUUUUAAUUCCAUGUAGAAAGGAUGCCUUUUGGGAAGCCAAAGCAAAUGGUUUCAGUGUUACUGUCAUCAGGAAAGGGGAGCUACAGCUGAAUGUUGACCAGCCAUUGGAAGAGGUUGAAGAACAAGUUGCUGAAAUUGGUAGUAAAAUGUACCAUGACAAGCUCAUGCGGGAACGAUCUGUCAAUAUAAACUCCCUAAUGAAGGGUGUCUUUGGUGUUGGUGGCCAAGCAACCAGCCUGAGAAGAGAAAUCAAAGGGAGAAACAAUAAGAUUAGAAAAUAUAGAGAUUCCUGCACCAAGUUUAAUCUAAACCAAAGUCACCACAAAAACCAUAGAGGCCUUGCUGCUUCCCAUAAAAGGUUAGGGUGA